AGGCAAGGGGGCUCAUCGCUAUGACUAUGAUAGGCUAGUGACCGAGCGCCGCGACUAGGACAUGCUAGAGCUCCGGGUGCUGAGGUCACAUUUCCGACUUUGAACAUGUGAAACAUACGAACUCCAUGUACAAAAUUGAUAGGAGGGGGAGGGGUUGUCUAAAAAAUGUUUAACAGGAAAAUACUCUGUUUUUGACAAACAAGGCUAUAUUUUGAUGUGUGGCCGCAGCGUCCGGCCCUCUGACCUGUCCUAUAUUUACGUUAAUAAGAAUUUCAGACAAAUGAAGAAACUGAGUUAAAAUGAGUAAUGCACAAACGAAGCUUUGCGAAGUACUUCUCGAAGAAUAUUUUGGACCAGGCGUGUCUCAGAUUGCUAGUAAUAUUCUUAAUUUUGGUAGUAAAACUCUAGGGCAAAUUUGUAGUUCAACAGGCUUAAGCAUUCGAGAUGUGAGGCAAGGUUUAUCUUUUCUUCUCUACCAUGAUCUCGUUUCUGUCUCAGAUUCCAGGAAACCAGGAAACCCAGAUUAUACUGUCCAGGUUGAUAAUGUUCAGAGUAUGCUCUACUAUCCUCAAUAUCUGUCUCUAAUCUCCAGGUAUGGGGAUGAGGCUGUUAUAUUGGCUGAAGAAGUUUGUAAAUCUGGCAAGAUUCUUGUAUCUGACCUUCUCCUACAGGUCUACAAGAACCUGAGCCAGGAGUCAGAGCAGGAGGCUGAGAAUCCCCUGGCCUCGUUGUCCCGACUAGAGAAGGAGGUGAAGAGACUGAUCCUGGAUAAAAUCCUGGUUUGUUGUUCUCCAGGUGAUAGUUCUCCUGGUGAAGCUGAGGUUCCUUCUCAGGUUCAAGAUGAGAAACUCAUGUUCUCUCCUCCAAAUAUAAACCUCAAGGAUCUUAUAUCUGGAGAGAGUACGGAGAGGAAGGAUAAAGGUCUGUACUGGAAACUGAACCUGGAGAGAUUAAACCAUCUUCUUCGGGAUCAAAUAAUAGAGGAGGCAGCAGAGCGCAGGGUUGACAGAACUGGAGGAAUAUUAUUACGAAGUAUAUUUACUCUGAGCUCAGAGCUUUAUGAUCCCUGGGCCCAGGUCUCAGGUCACCUUGGACACGCUCUCCUUACAGAUAGGAUGAGGAAAGAUUGGAAAGGCGAAGAGGAGCUUGAACACUUGGAACAAUAUUUAACCAUGCUCUCUACAGAUAGAACCAGGUUUAUUGAUAAAGUUGGAGAUGCUGGGGGAGGACAAUAUACAAUUAAUUAUCAACAUAUUUUUGAGGAGAUUACAGCAGCUACUAUUGAGAAUAUUAUCUUGGAAAGAUUUGGUUCCAAGUCGAUGCGUAUUUUCCGAUAUAUUCGAGAGAAGAAAUAUCUAGAGGAAAACCAAAUUCAGCAGGUUAGAUUAAAACAGGGGUUUACGUUUUCCUAAAAAAUCGCCGCCCCC